AGUGUCUCCAUCCUCUACUGUCCUCGAGAGAGAGGGAGAUAGAUGAGUACAUUGUCCAGGCCAAGGAGCGUAGCUACGAGACCAUGGUGACCUUCGGCAAGCAGGGCCUAAGUAUAGCUGCUACUGCAGCUGUCUCCGCAGCUGUCAAGGGCCAGGGGGCGAUCACAGAGAAGCUGAGGAGCUUCAGUAUGCACGACCUGACUCAGAUACCCCUCGACGACACAGCAGCCAAUCAGAUCUAUACGGCCCAUGCCGGCAACCCUGCCGUGAGCAGGAGGGCGCUCGCCGCAAACUCGACCGACAGAACAGAGUACUAUGAUCAGGAGGACAGGACAGACGAGGAGGAGGAACAACUUUUCUCAGAGGACGAGGCUGUCACCCAGAGAGGUCUGAGGAGGUCCCAGAGUGUCAAGAUCGUGCGCUCUAAAGCCCGCAAAGAUGCCCGUUAUGGAUCUCUGAAGAUCAAAGGGAAGCGGAGGCCGGUUCUGACUGCUGCUACCUACAGUGCCAUGUAAUGACCAGUCCAGGAGACGUGACUGCUGGCUGGUGCCAUGGAUGGGUUUCCUUCUGUAGUGCUCUACUGUUGACCAGAGCACGGUGGGUCCUGGCUAAAAGUAGUGCAUUAUGGGCCCUGGCCAACAGUAGUGCAUUAUGGGCCCUGGCCAACAGUAGUGCAUUAUGGGCCCUGGCCAACAGUAGUGCAUUAUGGGCCCUGGCCAACAGUAGUGCACUAGAAUGGGAAUAGGCUUUUUGGGACGGACCAGGAAAUCAGUCAACAAUUCAGGAAUGACUACGGACGGCUCCAACAUCCAUAUCAGUGACUACUGACGUGUUAGACCAUCCAUUCUAUGGAGAACGAUGCUGUGGAACUGUUCUGUUAGACCAUCCAUUCUAUGGAGAACGAUGCUGUGGAACUGUUCUGCUGGUGUUUUUAAAACUGUCCUGGGGUCUAAUUCUAUUCACGCUGGGAGCAUCUGUCUUGUUUUUAAACGAACCAUCAACUCACUAUAUUUAUGACAUUAUUCUGACUGUGUGUAUUUAAACCAUCGUACAGCGGAAGCUGUUCAGAAAGAAUCUUAAGGUUUCCUGUCUUUUAGUUGUGUGUUUUUUGUUGCAUGGAUCUUAUAUUCUGGGUCGUUUUAAUGUGCGGAUGUGGACUUUUUAGGAUCUUGGCUUUUUGUUGAGGGAGUUUAUAUAAUUAAUUUAGCUUCCUUUUGUCAUAUAUGCUGCCUUGUAUUUUGAGUUUAGCCUAUUAAAUAGUAGAAUACAUUAUAAUAGUGACCAUUCUGGCACACUUAAAAAGAUUGUUACAAAGUAACAGCUGACCAAAAAGUGUCCCUUAUUCCUUUCCGGAGGAAUAAACCAAUGAUGAGAGAAAGGGAACAGAGAAUCCUGUUAUUGGCUUGUGUCCCAAAUGGCAUCAUUCCCUAUACAGGGCACUACCCAAUGGGCCCUGGUCUAAAGUAGGGCACUGUGUAGGGAAUAGGGUUCCAUCGGGCCCUGCUCU